AUGAGGCAUUAUUUUGACAUGAGCUUUGCCAUUUACGAUCACACACCCCAUAACGGCGAGGUGGAGGAAAACGAAUGGGACGCCACGGUAUACAAGGACGAUCUCAACAACGACACAUGUGUGACCUUAGAAGAAUACACGCAAGUCCACAACUGCCCUGUUGCCGCAUACUUGUUCAGCCAUUAUGACCACGAUGGCGACAAGUGUCUCGAUGUCGCAGAUAUGUCUGAAGAAUUUCAUGCCAUUGACGACAAUAAGGACAAUAUGGUGAGCCUUCAUGAGUGGGAACAGUACUUUAUUCGCCUGACAAUGAGAUUGUUUCCCCAUGGUCUCCCUACGAUCGGUAGCUAA